AUGCCCUACCAAAAGAAGCGGCAGACUGCCGCCGAGAACGACUCGGGGCAGCCCGCCGUCAAAAAGUCGAAGAGCGAGAAGAAGGCCAAGAAGGACCUCACGCAGGGCUCGGAUGCAGAGGGAAACCCGUAUUGGGAGAUCGGCAACAACCGGCGCAUCGGCCCCACCAGGUACAAGGGUGUCACCUUGGUUAACAUCCGAGAGUUCUACACCACACCUACUGGCGAGCUGAAGCCAGCGAAGAAGGGCAUCUCGCUUACCUUAGACCAGUACAACGCUCUCCUCAAGGUCAUCCCGGAGCUCAAUGAAAAGCUCCGCGCCGAAGGCCAUGAGUUAAGCGACAUGCCACCGGUUGGGGCGAAAGAAGCUCUGGUGAAGGCGGACAAGCCCACCAAGUCCAAGAAGUCGAGAAAGGCAAACAUCGACGCCACGAGCGAGGAGGAGGAGGAGAGCAGCGAGGAAGACGAUUGA